CAAUGGAAACAGAUGCACGUGAGCUCAAUUUCAAUUCAAUUUCGAGUCUCAUAGCAAAGGGUCUGAUUACUUAUGUAAAUAAGGUAUUUCUUCUUUUCUUUAUACGUUUGCAAUCAUUUCUAAAAACCUGUUUUCGGUUUGUCAUUGUGGGGUAUUGUGUGUAGAUUGAGGAGGAAAAUAAUCAAUUUGAUCAAUUUUAGAAUAAGGCUGUAACGUAACAAAAUGUGGGAAAAGUCUAGGGGUCUGAAUACUUUCUGAAUGCCGCAGUAAGUUCUAUAGAUGUCUAUAGCAAACAAGUAUUUUUUCAUGUGAGUCAUCACCAUCUCUGUCCUCCCUCCUUCCCAUCUCUCUAACCAGGUCCCUACAAUGUUGCUAGCUGUGGCUCUCAGGUUUACAAUCCAGAUAUCAACAUCUGCUGUGCCGGACAGAUUUCUCACAGGGUGCUUGGGAAAAACCUGUGCUGCGGUAAAACUCCCUAUGCUGUAGAGGAACGACGGGUGCUGUGCUGUAACCAGACGUUGCACCGUGGGGUGGAGGCUGGGCACCAGUGCUCCCCAGGUGGCCACUUGUAUCGGCCAUCCCGUGACAUGGUGUGUGAGUCACGCGUUCAUCUCAACAAUCCAGGCAAACACUGCUGUGGAGAAGAGACCUACAACCCACAGGAUGAAAUCUGCUGCAACGGACACAAACACCGCAGGUUGGGAAACAUGUCCUGCUGCGGAGGGAAGGGCUACAGCCCCAGCACGGGCCAGAUGAAGUGCUGUGCAGGGACUCUGUACGACCUGCAGGUUCAGGGCAGGCUCACAGAGGAUGCCCAGUGCUGUGGGAAUAUCCUGAUGGAGGCCGGCUCCACUCAGACCUGCUGCUCUGCCCCAGGGCUAGACCUCCUCUACCCUACCCAGUCAGGGUUCACCUGCUGUGGGCACCGCUACCCCAACUCCUCCCUGUGGUCUUGCUGCGCGGGGGUCCUGCACCCAAGGUCUGAACGAAACACCACCAGCAUGAACAUGAUUCCAGGACCCAGGCUUCUACCACUGGGGGAUUUGAAGACGGAUGAUCUGUGUUACACCGAAGAUCUGCUAGGGACAGUGGAGAGUGUGUCUAUGAAGAUGAACGAGCGGUCCAUCGUGAUGGUAAACGCCAUGUCUUUGCUGGCCUCUCAUGGCAAUGUCAGCACCCUGCCUUCCCCUCACUACCUCACAUUACCCGACCACUGCAGCUCCCCUGAACUGGUGCCGGGCAACACUUACAUCUGGGUGAAAACAGGAUUCAUCUCUGAUCUCAGUGAUCAUUCCUCCCCUCUCCAUUCCAUCCUUUCCAGGUGCUGAACCUUUAUCUCGCCCAGAGGAAAGAAGCCCAACCCUCUCAACAUAAUGUGAAUUCUGGGUAUUUCCAUAGCCUAAUACUGAGAAAUCUGGUAUGUUAACUGUUAAGCUUAAAACUAGCAUCUUUAUAGUCUCUAAUGAGCCAAAUCUCUGGAUAAGCCAUAUUGUGUCAGUCUGGGUAGUGGUGGUGUACUGACUAGAUGUUUUGUUGGUUUAAAGAGGCAAUUGGUGCAUCCAUGUCUGGACUUAGUUAGUGCAUUCAGAAAGUAUUCAGACCUUGACUUUUUCCACAUUUUGUUAUGUUACAGCCUCAUUUUAAAAUUGAUUGAA